AUGAGUUUUGCCAUUCACAAGCAGGUCCACCCGCCCACUGGCGUGGACCACGCGGUCGCUGCGUAUUUCACCCACCCCAUCGGUGACGGCGGUCCCCCGAACCUGGUGGUGAUGCAGGCGAACCAUCUCACGGUGUUUGCGAUCCGACGCGAUCCCUCGGCGGACGCUUCGGGCGACGCCGCGCUCGGCGCCAAGGCUAUGUCCCUCGAGGUCGUCGCCGAGUUCGACCUCAACGGCACCGUCGGAUCCAUCGCGGUCAUGCGCAGGCGAUCCGGGGCGCCGAGGAACCAGAGGGACGCGCUGCUCAUCGCCGUUCGCGAGAGCAAGCUCAGCGUGAUCGAGUGGGACCCGAGCGAGAUGACCGUCGUGCCGUCGUCCCUGCACUCGUGGGAGACCCCGGUGGGCACCGGCGGAGUCCCAUCCGCGCUUCGAGUAGCGCCUUUACCGCCCCUCGCCAUCGCCGACCCGGAGGGAAGGUGCGCGGCGGUGCUGCUCAGAGCGGAGGGUCGAUCCAGGCUGGCGCUGUGCCCCGCGGUGGACGCGGACGCGGACGCGGACGGGGACGGCGGCGGCGACGACGGGGACCGGAGGGGCCAAGGGCCCGCGGCGAGCGUGAGGAAAUCGUUCGUCGUUGACCUCACCGCCGAUCUCGCGCUGAGCGGGGUGAGGGACGCCGCGUUCCUCCACGGAUACGGCGAACCCGUGGUUCUCAUCCUGCACGAACGCGAGCCCACGUGGGCGGCGAGGAUGCCGCUGGUGAACGAUACCUGCGUCCUCACCGCCGUCAGCAUAAACCUCGACACCAAGAGGUGCACGGUCAUCUGGCAGAGGGAAAAGCUACCGUGCACGUGCUACCGGCUUUGUGCCAUGCCGGACCCACUCGGCGGUGCCAUCGUGUUGUCGAAUAACUUCUUGCUGCACGAAUCGCAGGAGAGCAGCAAGGCGCUCGCACUCAACCCGCUGGCGGGAGGUGGCACGGAGAGUGCGCUGGGCGUCUCCGUCGAGCUCGACUCCGCGCACGCGGCGGUGUUAUCCGAGCGCCAGGUGCUCGUGACCACGAAGCAGGGUGCGCUGAUGUUGCUCAGCCUGAGGGUGGAGGGUCGUCGGCUCGCGGCGCACGGCGCGAUGCACCUACGACGCGCGGGAGGCGCGGUGCUCUCGAGCGGCAUGUGCCUCAUCACGAAACGGCUGUUAUUCCUCGGAAGCAGGGUGGGCGACUCCCUUCUCGUUUCUCUGAAGAAGAAGGAGGCUGCGGGCGCGGCGCAGAUGCUUCCCGCGGCGGCGCCGAAGAAACGCAAGGCUGGCGAAGCGGAGCCUCCGAAACCGCCACCCCCGCCGCAAAAGGUUGGCACCAGUCAGGACGACGAGGACGAGCUCGAGGCGAUGCUCUACGGCGAAGGCGAAGCCGCGGCGAAGGCUGCGAACGCUGGACGCAAGGAGGACCCCGGGUACACGUUCACCGUGCGCGACUCCGUGCUCGGAAUAUCCCCGAUCAUCGAUCUCACCGCCGGUGCAUCCGCCUCUGUGCAGGGCGACACGGAGGAGCGCGCGGAGUUGGUCGCGGCGUGCGGCCACGGAAAGAACGGCGCCCUGGCUAUUUUGCAGAGGGGUAUCCAGCCCGAGCUCGUCACCGAGGUUGAAGCCGGCACCCUGCCCGGGCUCAUGGGGACGUGGACCGUGUACCACGAGUCGCGAGAUAACGAGCGCCUGCGCGAGUCCGGCGCGGCGGCGGCGGCGGCUAACGUUGAUCCGUUUCACUCGUACCUGGUCAUCUCUCUCGAAUCGACCACGAUGGUUCUCGAGACGGGUGAGGAGCUGAGGGAGGUGAGCGAGGCGGUGGAACUGGUAACAGACGCGGCGACCCUCGCGGCGGGUAACAUGCACGGUCGCAAGCGUAUCGCGCAGGUGCAUAAGGGCGGCGUGAGGAUAUGCGAGGGCCCGGUCAAGAUUCAGGACUUAUCCGCAGCCGAGAUGCCGGCGGCUGGUGACGUAAGCCCCGACUUGGAGAUCAUCGCGGCUCAGGUUCUCGACCCGUACGUGCUCUGUCGGAUGUCCGACGGUUCCCUGCGCGUGCUCAAGGGUGACGAGGAGAAGGGUUCGGUGGAGGCGAUGUCCCCGUCUUCCUAUGCAAACCUACCCACGGGCGAGUCGAUCGCGUCCGCCGCGCUGGUUGACGAUUCCGUGCCCGCCGCGGAGCGCCCCGGCCUCACCACGCGAGAGCCCGGUUUCCUGAGGCGCACGGCGACGAGCACGGGGGUAUUACCCGAAGACGAGGAAGGUACCGUGCUCGCGGUGACGCGCGUGGGAGGUACGCUGGAACUGUACGCGUUGCCGUCGUGCGAGAGGAUCUGGAGCGCUGACGGCUUAUCCGAGGGCUUGAACGUUCUCGCGCCGGGAGGUGCCGGCGACGAUGUGAACGUCGACGGCGAUGGGGAAGUCGAGCCCACGGACGAUUAUCCCGCGCCCGAGAUCGUCGAAUUUCGCCUCGACGCGUUCCCGAGGGCGCACGAGCGACCGAUGCUCACUGCGCUCAGGGGUGACGGGUCCGUGCUGGUGUAUCGAGCGUUUCUGUGCCCGCCCGGCGCCGGCAACGUGGGGCACGAAGCCAAGCCUCAGCUUCGAUUCUGCCGCGUCCCCAUCGAGCUCGAGGGAGGCGGCGGCGGUAUGGUGGACACGAAGGCCCUAUCCGGUUCCAGGCUCACGCGGUUCGAGCGCGUGGGUGACAGGGGUGGUAUUCGCGGCGUAUUCGUGUCGGGUCCCCGGCCGCUCUGGCUCCUGGUGCGGCGCAGCCGAGUGCUCGCGCUACCCAUCCGAGGUGAGGCUCAGCGCACCGUCUCCUUCACGCCUUUCCACAACGUGAACUGCUUGAACGGUUUCAUGCUCGGUACCGCGGCGGGAGGUGUGAGGAUUUGCCAGAUCCCGGGGCGGAUGCACUACGAGGCGGCGUGGCCCGUGCGCAAGCUCGCUCUUCGAUGCACGCCGCAUCACGUGCAGUACCUCCCGGACUUUCGUCUCUACGCGCUGUCAACCUCUGCGCCGGUCAAGUGGAAGGACCACGAGGUCAACGAGGACGACAUUCACCUGUCCACGCUGAUCAAGGUUCGCAAGGCGAACGCGAUGGCCAAGGGUGGCGUCGAGCAAGUGUUCUCCCUCAGGCUCCUCGUCCCCGGCACGCUCGAGUGCGCGUGGCAGUACACCGUCGACCCGGGCGAGCACGUGCAGAGCAUCCGCAACGUUCAGCUGCGAAACACGAUGACCGGCGCGCUGCAAUCGAUGCUCGUCGUGGGAACCGCGCUUCCGGGCGGCGAGGACGCGCCGUGCCGCGGCCGCGUGCUCAUCUUCGAGGUUGUCUGGCAGAUGACGGAUAGGGGCACCAAGUGGCAGGGUCAGCUCGUGUGCGUGCGGGACGCCAAGAUGGCGUGCACCGCUCUGGAGGGGGUCGGCGGCCACCUCGCCGUGGCCAUCGGAACUAAGCUCAUCGUUCACUCGUGGGACGGUCACUCUCUCAUGCCCGUGGCGUUCUUCGACACCCCACUGCACACGGUCACCAUGAACGUGGUCAAGAACUUCAUCCUCCUCGGCGACAUCCAAAAAGGGGCGUUUUUCUUCCGUUGGAAGGAUACUCCAGACGAAAAACUUUUGGUGCAAAUGGCGAAGGAUUUUGAGGGCAUGGAUAUCCUGGCGACGGAGUUCCUGGUGGACGGCAGCACCCUAAGCAUGCUCACCACGGACAUGACUGGCAACGCGUUCAUAUUUUCCUAUGACCCCAAGUCGCUCGAGAGCUGGAAGGGUCAAAAGCUGCUCACGAAGGGUGCGUUUCACGUCGGGUCGCCGGUGCACCGCAUGGUCCGGUUCAGACUCAAGGCGCCCACGGCCGCGCCGGGACAAACGAUCAGCCCCGCGGAGCAAAAGGCACAGGCCAACAGGCACGCGGUUUUCUUCGGGACCCUGGACGGCAGCCUGGGUAUCCUGGUGCCCAUCGAGGAGGCGGCGCACGCCAGCUUGCAGUCCCUGCAGAGGUAUCUCACCUACGCGACACCCCACGCGGCGCUCGCCGGUCUCAACGCCAGGACGCAUCGACACCCGAAGACGGUGGAGGGUAGGCCGAUGAGACAACCAGCGCCGCACUCCCUGCUGGACGGUGGUUUGCUGGCAGUGUACGAACACAUGCCGUGGAAGGCGCAAGCCAAGGCGGCGAAGGAGGCGGGUAUGACGCGCGACGUGGCUUUGGGUCACCUGCACCAACUCUCGGCGCGCACCGCGUUCAUGUGA